AUGCUCGACAAUGCGAGUAAAGGCGAUCUGCUGCGGCAGGCCAAACACACAGAACGUAAACGAGUGGCUCGAGUGCGCAGCCGCCAAUCUACACAAGGCACGAAUGACUAUCAUAAGGCCCAAUACAUCAAUGCGUAUGUAGAGGCGCAGAGUGCACAACUCUCACGGGCCAUGCGGCGCCGGGAAGAGGCGGUGGAGGAACAAUCAUUAUUAGCCAUUAUAGAAACCCAUCGCCCAUCUAUUCCUUUAUUAUUAUCAUCAUCAUCAUCAUUAUCAUCACAACAAGAAGAAGAAGAAGGCUCACAGGUAUUAGAAAAAGGAAAUAAAGAAAAAAAAAAGAAGAAGGAGAUAGAAUUAUGGAAAGAAAAAAAUGGAUCUUUACAAUCUGUAGGGUUUGGUGCCUGGCGUGAGGGAUCGCCGGCGGUGGAGCGGGUGUGUUUGUGGAUGGAUCGUAAUCUUCAUCGCAUUGUGCGUGGGUCCACCACUCCUGCUGUCUUUUCACCGGAGUCUCUACAACGAUCCGUCCCUCUGCGAUUAACGAGUGUGAGAGAAUUGUUGUCUACAUUAGAUGAGAUGAGAAAUAGAAAAGGAUGGAGAGAUGUUGGGAAGUUUGCAGCGGAGAUGUUUACUAGUAUGCGAGUGGUGUGUGGGGGGGAUGUGAAGAGAGAAGAGAAAAUGAUGGCAAUAGUACUGCAGCGAGCUGUGGCGAGGGAUUGGAGAUGGGCACUGCAGCUUUACAGUAAAUAUAUACUACCCUAUCUACAAGAACAACAACGAAUACAGAUAAAUAAUAAUAAGAGUAAUAAUAAUAAUAAUAAUAAUAAUAAUAAUAAUAAUAAUAAUAAUAAU